CAGGAAUCAAAGCUUUCUGGGCGAGUAUUCAGAUUUAUGUCUUCGAGGAUCGAUAACGAUCAUGCAACCACUGAAAAGGGAGUUUCUAUUACCAUGUUCUAUCCACAGUGUGAAGGUGGAAGCAGUAUUAACAAAAACUCGUAUAGGAUGAUUUGUUCCGACUAUGCGACUCGCAAACUUUCGUAUGAAUCGGACAGACUGCCUGAUUCGUCGAGACUGGUAUCUGCCGUGGUAGCACAAGGUGGCGGGGUUAAUUGUGCCGGUAUCUGGUGGAAAGAUCUGGCAUAUGGAAUUUGCUGGUAUGAUUUGACCUUCGUCUCCCUUCCUUGUUACGACCUAGCAAAUACUUGGCGCCGUCGUGGCUAUGGACAUCAGUUCUUAACAGAAUUGAGUUUUCCAAGGAACUUCCUCAACCCAUCACGCUGUGCUACUCAUGGAGAGCAGGAAAACUGCUUGUUUUUUGGCAUUGUCAUUCCCAGUGGAGACCCACUCGCGCCACUGCCUGAUGGAGAGGGCAAGCUUUAUGCGGAAAGCUAUCGCCGGAUUGGUUACAGUGGGCUACAAACAGUACGAGAUUUCGAGCCGCCUUUCUCACAAAGAGUCAGGUCACUGAGAUUGCACUCUGUUGACAGAGGGGAAGAGGGGGUUGAGGUCGAUCGAUGGGCAACAUGUGAGGAUAGUAGCAUGAUGAUGGGUACUUGCAGAACAAGCAUUCCUCUUCUACUAUGUGCUGCCGUGGCACCAUUCCUCGAGACGUACAGUAUUGGGAAAUGUCUAACUUUGAUUGAGCAUAUGGAAAAUUGAUGCCAUUUGUUUUGACUCCCGGGAGACGAUCUUCCUCAUCUCUUUCCAUCUUCCCUUGGGGAUCUUGCGUAAACUCCAGCUAAACUCAAGGCACUGCCUUCCAAAUCUCUUGCGCAACGUGUCCCAUUGUUGCUGCCACCCCAGUGACGAGUACGAUCGUUCGGUUCGUUGAUCUGCUUGUCUAUGUCUGCCACAUUAAA